CUGGGUGGAGCUAGCUUCUCUCUCUUGGAGCUUAGAGCUCUUGCUUCCUGCUGAGGUCCAGUGCAGUCGUGCCUAGUGUGUGUGUCCAGAGUGUUGGAGGCCUCAAAGUCAAGUCCUGCAGCCACCAUCAAGUCAAGGGCGUGGUCUGGCUGCCGGAGUGGAUGGCUGCAUAGCAUAGGAGCUCCGAUCCUGAAGCCCGAAAAAGCAACUAAAUCAGCGGUCACCACGAUCAUUUUUGGCUCAAAGAGUGGGGAACCAUCACCCAGUAUGUCCGGCCGCAGAAAAAGGAUCGCACGACAAGGGACUUUAGCUAAAUUCAGCUUCACUAGAAGCAAGCGGAGGGAGCAAGAUGGCGCCGACUCCGGGACAUUCGCAGCAACAUCGCGGCCCCGCUCUCCGGACCCACCUCGCACACAGGUUGAGUUGCCUCCCCACAGAUCCAUGUCAGACCCGGCGCUGCACAGCUCCUUGGCAGCAAAGAACGGGGAGAGGAACCGCACAGAGGAUGGCGGCCGCGAAAGUCCGGCGCUCCGUUCGGGGAGCCUGCAUAGAAGAGAAGAGGGGCCUGCACUGCUGGAUCCGGCCUCCCCUCCUCCAGCUACGACACCAGAACUCGGCUCAUCGCAGGAGGCAGCUUCCACAACACCCAGAGCUGAGGUACAGGGCUUGCUGGAUGCUAAGGAGGGGGAGGUGGAGGAACUGGGUGCUCUUGGCUCACUGGAGGUGUCUGGAGCGCCACUGACAGACACUGCCAUGAAAAAUAUGCUACUGAUACUGAGGCAGACCUUUUUACAAGAUAUGCAAAAAACAAUAUCCCCACUGAACAGCACAAUAGAUGAACUAGGUGGGCGGAUAGAUCACCCUGAAAACAAGAUGGAGGAAUUCUCUGAAUCUCACAACAUAUUAAUAGACUCCCAUACAGAGUUGGAGGAGGAGGUAGUUAUGCUAAGAGAAAAGAUAGCUGACCUGGAAGACAGGAGUCGUCGUAACAACCUUAAAUUGAGAGGGGUCCCGGAGUCGAUACAGCCUAUGGACAUUCCUUCGUAUGUACGCUCCUUAAUCCAAACUGUGCUACCAGAUUGUACACCUCAGGAGCUGGAGGUUGACAGAGCUCAUCGGAUACCUAAACCCCGCCACUUGGACGAAUCGGUCCCAAGAGAUAUAUUGGCAAGGGUCCAUUUUUUUUACCAUAAAAGAAAAAAUUAUGGAGUACUCUAGGAAAAACAAUGGACUCCCUGCCCCCUACCAUCAGGUGGCAGUGUAUGCAGAUCUGUCAGCGGCAACAAUGCAAGCGAGACGCCUAUUGCAACCCAUCACUCUGGCCCUCAGGUCGGCAAAUAUCGCAUACAGAUGGGGAUUUCCUGCUCGUUUGUUGGUACGAAGGGACAAUAAAACUCAUGUAAUUCGCUCAGCAUCCGAAGGACAAUCUCUCCUCUCAUCAUGGAACUCACCUCCAAUACAAGGCAGACCAUCUAGAUCUACCAACUCGGCUCCCAAGAUACAAAAAGAAUGGGCUGUGGCCUAGCUGAAGUUGGUGACUGUAAUCAUUUUACUAUCUGCAGGUUCGGGAGGGCUGUGUAGGUCCACUUAUGGCUUCGGACUGGACUAUUGCCCUACUUCAUUUUUUGGGCUCUUCUGAGUUGGGCCUAUGGCUCGUGUGUUUUCCUUAUUUUAUGUUUUUCUUUAUGGCGAAAGUUUUUUUCUGUCUAAGUCGCUUAAAUGUUGCUCAUACCUUCGUUAGUGAUGCUUUGCUUCUACACUGUAGGGGUGUGGGUGCUGGCUGGGAGACACACACCCCUCCCCGUUACCUAGUCACUCAACUUAAUUAUAUAGCUGAAUUAUGCUGGUCCAAUGGGGAUCCGCAUUGGUAGUAUCAAUGCUAAUGGGCUUAAUACACCUUGUAAACGUUCAUAUUUCUGGAAAGAGGCACAGGCGCUUAGAAGUGAUGUGAUAUUUGCUCAGGAAACGCACUUGCUUUCAAGGGACGCCUUUAGACUGAAGCACUCAGCUUUUCCACAUAUUUUUCAAUCUCACUACAAAACUAAGUCCAGGGGUUCCUUGAUAGCAAUUAAAAAUACAGCAGCUUUCCAGCUGAAAGAGGUUUACACUGAUACAAAAGGUAGAUAUGUCAUUUUGAGAUGCACGAUUAAUA